CAUAAAUAGCUGCUGGUGCCUUACCAUAAGGUGCUCAAGGCAACAUAAUCGAUUUCACUACUGGCAACUGGAAGUUGCUGAGCUGAUCUCAACUCUCAAGCCUUGAGAAUGUACUUAAAGAACUCAGAAGGGAACAAGAAAAAAGGUGGAUUCCGGGCUUGCACGUUUGUUUUUGUGUUGGGAGCCUUUGAGAAUAUGGGCUUCGUGGCUAACUUAGCUAGCAUGGUUCUGUAUUUCAACUUGGUGAUGAAGCUUGAUUACCCCACCUCUUCAAACACCCUCACAAACUACUUGGGUUCAGCCUGCUUGCUGACUUUAUUAGGAGGCUUUAUUUCAGACACUUUCUUGAACAGGCUCUACACAUGUUGGAUAUUUGGAUCAAUAGUAGUAGUGGCUUUGUCAUUGCUUACUAUCCAAGCUCGUUUCAAAGACCUACAGCCUGAUCCUCUUUGCGAAUCAGGCUGUGUCCAAGGUGGUGUGGCAACCAUGUUCCACGGAUCCCUUUGCCUGUUAGCAUUAGGUGCUGGUGAGGUUAAAGGAGCUCUUCCAGCACUCGGGGGCAGACCAGUUUGAUGAGAAGGAUCAAAAAGAAAAACAGAAGCUUGCUAGGUAUUUCAAUUGGUACAUUCUAAGCACAACUUUUGGAGCAAUCUUUGGCGUCACAAUAAUUGUUUGGGUUAGCAUGAAUAAAGCCUGGUACUGGGG